AACAUAAUGUACAUGCAUAAUCUAGUGAAACUUUGUACCACAACAAUAUCCGAAAUAAGACCAUUGAACAAUCAAUCUGCUAUCAAACCUUUGUUCGGGCUGAAUAGGAUGCCUCCUGAUGAAAUCCUCCAAGCUGGACCGUUUAAGAAAAUGACUUUACCCAAAAUAUCACAAAAUUGCUCCGUGCUGUCAAAAUGUGGCAACACAACACCGGAAGUAAGUAUUCUAAAAAGCGUGAAUAUGUGUGUGCACAUUGACCGAUUAGCUGCACCGGAAGCAAUGCAAAGUGCCUUUCGCGAAAAAUGGUUAUCAAACCGAUUCGCUCCCCCGGCCGGAAGUGAUGCAGGGCAAAGAUGGCAGCUAAUGGGUUGAAUGGCGGAAGAAAACAAAAAUAACAAAAACAAAAGUGAAGCAUUAACUCAUCUGUUACUGGUUUUUGAAGGUGAACAGCAAGAUUACAAAACUAAUAGCACUGCAAGCUUCUUCCGUGAUGACGUAAAACAGAAAAGAAAAUUGCACCCAUACGCUAAUAUACCAUGUGAAAAGCGUGCUGUUAUUAUCGCUUCAUAUACAAAACAGCCGUCAAUAAAAGUGGUGCGGAAUUGGGAAUGAAUGUAAAUUUUGUUUUAUGUAAGUGAAAUUUCGAUAAACACCUGCAUUUGAUGGAUAGCAAUUAAAAGCGAAGAACGAAACACUUUGGGCACCAACGAAAGCGAGAUUUGAACUCGUGUGGAACAUCCGAACAUCCGAUGACGUUAUCGAUUACGCUAUGAAGCUUACCGACGGAGGGUAAGUUAAAAGUGCUUCAUAUUCUACCGAUGAUUUGUGUGUUCUCCCGAAGAAAAUUCUCUAUGUGUGAUAUGAUGAGUAAAUAUUAAAAUUGUUUUAUUUAAAAGUAGUAAAUAAAAGUUUUUUUAUAAGAAAAAUAAAUUAAAGAGUUCCAUCGAUUUAUUGUUAAGUAUUAAUAAACGUUUAUACGGUUGACAACCGGAUGCAUUUGUUUGUGGCGCUUCGAAAGUAAAAUGCACCCGACAGAAAUGCGCAAAAUGAAAACAAAACUAAGCAGGUAAUAAAGCGGUGCAAAGAGCAGUAAUAUACGAAUCGCUGCGUGGAAAGAAAGUGAAACAAACCGAUGGAAAGGAAAUGAAGUGCAAAAUGAAGACGGAACGAAUUACAACAACAGCAAACAACAAAAAAAGGCAGGAAAGAAAGAAACAAUUACAGCGCAACCGGAAAAAAGAAAUGUAAAAUCGAAAGCUUUCAACACCCGCGAUUGAA